CAAAAUGAGAGACUCUUUAUCAUUUCUUAUGUCUCCAACGUGGGACGAAAGAACGUCUAAAAAGAAAGUAAAGUCCGGGAGGGGGAAAACAAGCGGUGGAAGCAGUCAGAAGUGCGAACUGAAAUUGUGAAUUAUCGGAGUUUUCAGACCGUACAACGAGAUCAAGAUAAAAGCUUCCCAGUUCCUUGAACCGCGAGCAGGACUGCUGGAGAAGAGAGAGAGUGAACGAACGCGAGCCGCAAAGUUCACAACAGUCGGACGGAUUUACUGGAACUGCUACGCUUAAAAAGUGGUUUAUUAUAAUUCAUUACAGUGAUCCAAAGUCCUGCAUUCGCAGUUUGGAAACUUUAUAUCAAAUCCGUGAAGAAGCGAGAGCCUCAAACUUUUUAAAGAGUGCGGUUUUCCCUGAGGAAAAGUUUUUUUUAAAGCGCCGAUGAUCCCAGAUUUUCUUUCAACACGCUCGUAUGGACUUAAUGGACACCAUCUACUAUGUUUUUACUUUUCAUAAUAAUGAAUCACUUGGGAUCAAACCAUUUUAAGAACUUUAGAAACACUAUUGACGAUUUAAACUCCUAAAACUACAUUGGAUCUCUCUUGCCAAAACAAAGCGUCUGUCUAUCUCCGAUCCAGACCCACUUUUCAACCUUUUAAGGACAACUGCAUUUAGUUUUGGCUUCUGGACAAGUUUCUACUAUUGCCUCGUCGUGAUUCACCUUUGAUUUACUUGCGUGGUGCAGCAGGGGAGAUAAAAUUUUACUGGGGACCGUUUUCAAGUCCAGGACUGAUGCAUUGCCCCAAAACAACGCAGUAUAAUUUGAUAUUACCGUUGGGUAAACAAACAACUUAAUGAAGGCGAAUUACUCGAACUGUGAGAAACUCAAUAAGCUCGAGCUGUCCGUUUGUGGAUGAGAGAGAGAGAGAGAGAGAUCAGUCGUUAAGCGCUGAGACAACUGGAUACAAAAUGGCGGCGUGGCUGGGACAGAUGGGAUCACUUUCAUAUCAUGUGUUUUAUUGGCUUUUGACGCUGGAACUGUUAAUCAAUUAUGGCGCACCGUGUCCUCAAAACUGUACGUGUACGCUUGAUACGACCGACUGCAGUCGUUUGGACUUGACUGAUGUCCCUCAAGACUUGCCUAAGAGCACUGUGCAUCUAAAUCUGAGCCACAACAAGCUGACAGCAGUCGAUAUGGACAUCCUCUCCAAUCUGCCCAACCUGAGAGAAGUGAGGUUUGACCACAAUGAGCUGACAUCCAUCCCCUCAUUUGGAGACGCAGCAACAACAGUCGUUACAUUGUUCUUGCACCAUAAUAAAAUCCGCAGACUGGAGGGGAGCCUGCUGCAGAACUUCUCUGCUCUGGAGACGCUAGAUCUGAGUAAUAAUGACAUCACAGAGCUGAGAGAGAACUGCUUCCCUCCGGGGUUACAAAUCAAGGACCUGCACCUGAGCAGUAAUAAGAUUGUUCAUCUGGAGUUCGGGGCAUUUAAGAACCUCGCCGGAAGUCUGCAGAUCCUCAGAUUGAGCCGGAACCGACUGACCCACCUUCCCGUUAAAGGCCUGGAGCUGCCCAAGCUCACACAACUGGAGCUAAGCAGGAACAGGUUGCGGUUGAUCGAGGGACUAACCUUCCAAGGUUUGAGCAGUUUAGAAGUUCUCAAGCUUCAGAGAAACAACAUCAGCAAGCUGACGGAUGGGGCGUUCUGGGGUCUGGCCCGGAUGAGGGUUCUGCACCUGGACUAUAACAGUCUGCGGGAGGUGAACAGCGGCUCUCUGUAUGGUCUGGAGUCGCUUCUGCAGCUCUACCUCUCCAACAACUCCAUCUCUAACUUUAACCCUGAGGGCUGGGGCUUCUGUGAGAGACUGCGAGAACUGAACUUGUCUUAUAAUAACCUGACGAAGCUGUCUGAGGGUAGUUUUGCCAAGCUGGUGAAUUUGAUCUCGCUGCGUUUGGGACACAAUUCCAUCAGUCACAUCACGGAGGGAGCAUUCAGAGGCCUUAGUUCCCUACGUACACUGGAGUUGGAUCACAAUGACAUCUCUGGCACUAUAGAGGACACCAAUGGGGCCUUCACUGGCCUCGAAAACCUCAACAAGCUAACUCUGUUUGGAAACAAGAUCAAGUCGGUGGCCAAGAAAGCCUUCUCGGGCCUGGAGGCUCUGGAGCACCUAAACUUGGGGGAAAAUGCCAUCCGUUCCAUCCAACCAGAGGCAUUCAGUAAGAUGAAGAACCUGCGUUACCUUCAUAUUCAGAGUGAUAGUUUUCUGUGUGACUGCCAGCUGCACUGGUUUCCGGAGUGGCUGGUAACACGAGGGCUGCAGCCUGGCGUUCAGGCCACAUGUGCCCACCCAGAAAGCUUAAAGGGCACUAGCAUCUACCAGGCCCCACCACAGAGCUUUGUUUGUGAUGAUCUUCCCAAACCCCAGAUCACAGUCCACCCUGUCACAACGGCAGCGGUAUUGGGCAAAGAUGUGCGUCUGACCUGCACGGCUGCCAGCAGCAGCAGCUCACCCAUGACCUUCACCUGGCGCAAGGACCAGGAGACGCUACGCCAAGCUGAGGUGGAGAACUUCGCCCAUGUGCGGGCCAGUGAUGGAGGGGUGAUGGAGUACACCACUAUCCUCCACCUCCGACAUGUCACCUUCAACCAUGAGGGCCGCUACCAGUGCAUCAUCAGUAACCACUUUGGCUCUUCCUACUCUAACAAGGCCCGGGUCACUGUAAACGUGCUGCCUUCAUUCGUCAAGACCCCACGCGACAUCACAAUCCGCACGGGCACGAAGGCACGGUUGGAGUGCGCGGCCGAAGGACAUCCGACUCCCCAGGUGGCGUGGCAGAAAGAUGGUGGUACAGAUUUCCCUGCCGCCCGAGAGCGCCGCAUGCGUGUGAUGCCUGAUGAUGAUGUCUUCUUCAUCAUGGAUGUGAAGCCUGAGGAUAUGGGCGUGUACAGCUGCACGGCCAAAAACACGGCAGGCAUGAUCUCCGCCAAUGUCACACUAACAGUGCUAGAGACCCCUCAUCUGGCACAGGAAAUGGAGGAUCGAAAUGUGGUGGUGGGAGAAACUGUUGCAUUGCAGUGCAAGGCUUUAGGCAGCCCACCUCCUCGCAUCACCUGGCUAAAGGGGGAGGAGCCUCUUCACCCCAGCGACCGUCACCACUUCACUCCAGGGAAUCAGCUCUUGGUGAUCGGCACCACCACUUUAGAGGACGCAGGACGCUACACGUGUGUCAUGUCUAACACCCUCGGCACAGAGCGCGCUCACUGCCAGCUGAAUGUUUACCAGCGCUUCGAGGACUGUGCUCCUUUUACAAGCCCCAGCACUGUUACUGUUGGAAUCAUUGUCAUAGCUGUGGUGACCAGUAUUGUGGUGACAUCACUAGUUUGGGUGUGUAUUAUCUACCAGACGAGGAAGAAGAGCGAGGAGUGCAGUGUAAACACAGACGAGACAAUUGUCCCUCCUGAUGUCCCCAGUUACUUGUCCUCUCAGGGCACUUUAUCAGAGAGACAGGAUGUGUGUAUACGAGUGGAGUCCAAUGGCGGAUCUCAACCCAACGGACGCAUAGAAAACAAUGGAUAUGAUGGGCCGGUCGUGUGUACAGACUGCUUGGAAAAUGGUACCAGCUACUCCAAACACUGCAACUACCUCCCUCAUGGGAUAGCACCCCCUUCAGGCCUGGAGUAUCAGCAGACACACCAGACAUCAACUUUCACCAGCCACAACACUGGUGAACCACACUGCAAUGGCACACCUAAUGGGGUCAGGAAAGACAGUCAAGCUCCCAUCUUUCCCACCAACCAUGACAGGGUGUCAAUAUCACCCUCAUCGCACCAGUACAAUGACCGAAAAGGAUUGUUGGUGAAUAGGUCAGACACAUCUCCCUCACUUGAAGAGACCUACCAUCGGCCAGUAAAGCUCCUGUCUGGGGACUGUGACAUUGGGUCCGAGCUUACACAGACUCUAUUACCCAACGGACACGCACAUAUGCCUGAUGCCACCCUAAGCGAGAGUGAAUCCUUCGGGCGGGCCAGUGACUAACACCGCCCCAUCACUUUUUUUUAUCCUUUUGCACUGAGAACUGCUACCUCACACUGAGGGGCACAGACAAAGCUGCCCCCAUCUAUCUGAAUGCAGAAUAGGGGCGUCCGGAGUUUGAAGGAGAAGCUUGAGUGGGAUGUUGGCAUCCCGUGCGAGCGUUAAUGAUGUAUAUAAAUAUAAAUCCUCCUCAGGGAGGCUUCGUUCACACUUCAGAAAUGUGACUUGCAUUUGACGCAUGCAAAAUGUAUGACAGAGUGCUAUAACGUUGGGCUUUGAGCUGUACAUAAGAGUUUUCAUAUAUAAAUAUAUGAAUGUAUGUAUUCUAGAACUUUUAUAAAAGAGUGUUCAACUCUAUUCGGUGCAUGGUGAGAUCAGAGUGGUUAUAUUUUAUUUUUAUUUCUUGCCUUUUUUUUUUUUUUUUAAACAGAUCUCUCCUGCUUUUCCCGGUUUUAUAAGCAGUGCCUUAUUGCAAGAUCAAAGAUUUCACAUGUUUUUUUUUUGUUGGGAAGAUGUACACUUUCCCUUUCACAAAUGGGAAUUUUGUCAUGCACUUGAAGUUUAAACAGCCCAAUAAUCAUAAUAGGCAGUCUUAAAGGAAUAUUCUAGGUUAAAUAAGAUACAGGGUUCCCAUUCUCAGGGAAUACCUGGAAAUAUCAGGGACUUUUAAAAAGAAAAAAAAAAAUUUUUUUUGAUAAUGUCCAUGACUAUUCUAGGCAUCAACAAACUCUUUAAAAUUCAUAAAAACGUUACAGACUUUUUAUACUGAACAAACACUACUGUUCAGAAGUUUUUGGGGUCAGUAAUAUUUUUGUUUUUUAUAUUUUUAUUCAGCAAGGAUGCUUUAAAUUGAUAAAGUGACAGUAAAGACAUGCAUAAUGUUGGAAAAUUUGUAUUUCAAAUAAAUGCUGUUCUUAGGUUCUAUUCAUCAAAGGAUCCUGAAAAAAUGUAUCACAGUUUCAAAAUAUAUUCAAAUGUAUAUUAAAAGAAAAAAGUUAAAUUGUAAUAAUUUCACAAUAUUACUGUUUUUACUGUAUUUAUUUGCCUUGGUAAGCAUUGAGAUUUUAAAAAUCUUACGAGCCCCAAACUUAUGAACGGUAGUGUAAGGGUGCUUUUCCACUGCAUGCUACAGCUCGGUAUGGCUCGUUUUAAAUAGCACCAUCUCGGUGAGGUUCCAAGCGAGCCGUACUGAUACUAAAACGUGACGUAUAUGUUGGCGCCGAUAGCCUCGUGGGCAGUAUGCCGAAAUAUAGCGUUGUUGCGCUUUGGGUGGCCCGAGUUCGAGUCCCGGCUCGUGGACCUUUACCGGUCACGCCACCUCACUUCCUGUCUACUCUAUACUGUCCUGUCACAAUAAAGGCAAAAAUCGGCAAAAAUUACAUCUAAAAAAUAAAUAAAAUGUGACGUGUAAACACAGUGAUUGGUCAGAGAGAAUCGUCACUACCAGCGUCAUUGGAUUUGCGACUCAAGCUAAUUUAAAUAGUCAGCAACAGCCGCCGCAGUAUCAUUGGUUUGCACGAAAAUUGAAAUGGCUGUAGCGUGGUCAGUCGACGAGGUGCAGACGUUCCUCUCAUUGGAGCGGAUCCACGGCAGUAGAAGUGGCGCAACGAUCACCCCACCCACUUUGAAGCGGUACUAAACUGCAGUGGAAAAGCAAACCGAGCCAAAGUAAAGUGAGUCGAGUCGUACCACAUACGCCGUAAGUUUUCUAAAUUUGUUUUUGUGGAAAAAAAUAUAUAUAUCUUAAAAUGUUUAAUUGGCUCUUUCUUUUGUGAGUUCCAUCUCUAUAAAUGAUAUUUGAAUAUUUAUAACUGGAAAAAUCAUGGAAAUUCACUGGUAAAAACGUGUGGGAACUCUCCCCACAACAUAUAUGGCCUAGUGUCAUUUACCACAAAAUUAAGUUUCAGUUUGCAAAAAACGUGUGUACAGAAAGGCAUUUACAAUAGCAGUCUAUGGGCAGACAACAAAGUCAAGUAUUUGUCAUCACUAACUGGUGUUUAACCUGGAAUAUUCCUUUGUCAGAAUAUAUUUAUGUUCUGGUCUGUGAUGAAGGAAAAGCUCUGCAUUGAAUUUUCAGGUCUGUUAUGGUACAGAAAUGACAAAUAUUGGCAUAAGGGAAAAUUUAUGCACUUUGAGUACUCUUAUAACAUUUUUACACCCUGAAAUUCUGAUGCAAUCAAGGCUCUUCCGUUAACAAAUGUAUACUUCACCUAAAGCUGCUUCACUCACCUUCGAUACCUGUGGUAUUUGAACUGAAUUUUUAAAUGUAUUUGUUGACCGCCUUUGUUUUUAACACAUUUGGGAAAAUAACAAAUGAUCCAAAAAAUAACAUUUAGAGAGAUUUGUUCUAACAGUGACUUUUAGCUAACAGAAAAGCCAAAUGCUGCCAAAUCACGAAAGGGAAAGAGUGUCUCUCUAAAAAAGUCGAGCUGCGUGUGCUGGUCUUCAGGGUCUUCCAUCAACCACACAGAAUGUCUUCAUGUAAAGGGAAAAAGCGGGAAUAAGUAAACACCUCAUCAGCUAAUCUCUUAGUCUUUGGACUAAAGCAGCUAAUGCUAAGCUACAUAUUGUCUUUGUUAGUUAGCCUGAGUCAAACUGGUUCAUGUCAACAGCCAAGGAUUUUUUUUGUUUUGUUUUUUAGGCCAAAUAGUGAAACAUCUCUACUACUAAACUUGGGGAAUGUUUUGUAAAGUUAGAUUACAGCAAAUGCCAGUUUAUCCCCCAAAAGUUCAGACCAUAGCAGUACUUUGAUACUGUGGGUAACUGGUUAAUUGUGUAAUCUAGCUCUGUGAAGAACCCCACUAGCUCAUAUAUGUUAACUCUACAGAUGUUUCAUACCAGAUUAAUUUAUUGAAAUGAACUCUAAUCACAGCUGUUCACCCACAUGGCUAAAACUGUUGAAGUGUCAAAAUGGCAGGUGUUUAUUAAAGUCACAUUUUGCUCUUUUA